CCCACCCCUUCGGCAUGGAGAGCCAGCGGCUGUCCUCCUACGGCCGCCGCUUCGGCCCCGCCACCCCAGUGUACCGGGUGCUCCCCGCCAGCUCCCCAGCCCGGCUCCGGGCCACCCGCAGCUCCCAGCCGGGUCCCCGUGGGGGUGCCCGCCUGGGGUCGGGCAAGAUGGUCUUCUCGCUGGCCACGGCGCUCAACUCAGAGUUCAGGGAGACGCGCACCAACGAGAAGGUGGAGAUGAUGGAGCUCAACGACCGCUUCGCCAGCUACAUUGAGAAGGUCCGGCUCCUGGAGCAGCAGAACAAGGUGCUGGUGGUGGAGCUGAACCAGGCGCGGGACCAGGAGCCCUCGCGUCUGGCCGACGUCUACCAGGAGGAGCUACGUGACCUGAGGUGCCACGUGGAGCAGUUGGCCACCGCCAAGGCCCGUCUGGAGAUCGAGAGGGACAACCUUGCCGAGGACCUCGGCAGCCUCCAGCAGAAGCUGCAGGACGAGGUGACCCUGCGGCUGGAGGCAGAGAACAACCUGGCUGCCUACAGGCAGGACGUGGACGCUGCCUCCUUGGCUCGCCUGGACUUGGAGCGGCGGGUGGGGACCCUGCAGGACGAGAUCGCCUUCCUCCGCAAGGUCCACGAAGAGGAGCUGCGGGAGCUGCAGGAGCAGCUGGCCCGGCAGCGGGUGCACGUCGAGGUGGACACGAGCAAGCCGGACCUGACGGCCGCCCUGCGUGACAUCCGCAGCCAGUACGAGGCCAUGGCCGCCAGCAACGUCCAGGAGACCGAGGAGUGGUACAAGUCCAAGUUCGCAGACCUGACGGACGCGGCCGCCCGGCACGCAGAGGCCCUGCGCGCGGCCAAGCAGGAGGCCAAUGAGUACCGGCGCCAGCUCCAGGCCCUCACCUGCGACUUGGAGGCUCUGCGGGGGUCGAACGAGUCCCUGGAGAGGCAGCUGCGGGAGCUGGAGGAGCGCUACGCCCUGGAGACGGCUGGCUACCAGGACGCGGUGGUGCGGCUGGAGGAGGACAUCCGCAGCCUCAAGGAGGAGAUGGCCCGGCAUCUGCAGGAGUACCAGGAUCUGCUCAACGUCAAGCUGGCCCUUGACAUCGAGAUCGCCACGUACCGCAAGCUGCUGGAGGGCGAGGAGAGCAGGAUCACCGUCCCUGUGCAGAGCUUCUCCAACCUGCAGAUCCGAGAGACCAGCCUGGACACUAAAUCCAUGUCAGAAGCCCAUGUGAAGAGGAGCAUCGUGGUCAAAACUGUGGAAACCAGAGAUGGAGAGGUGAUCAAGGAGUCCAAGCAGGAGCACAAGGAGGUGAUGUAGGGCGGGUGAGCUGCAGUAGCCAGACGCUUGUAGCCGUAGGUCCCGUCCGACGCUGCGAGGGAGCCCCGUGGCCAGGCACGGGUCACGGGAGGAGCCAGUGGUGCUUCAGCAGGGGGCAUCUUCCUGCCGCCCACCCCUCGCCUCUCCCACGUUGCCCCGUGCUCCAGGCACCACUGACACCCUGGUUGGGGCUGGCUGCUGGCGAAGCACCCAUCUGACGGGCAAUACCCAGGGGAGGCGAGCAGUACCGGGUUCCCCCACCAGGAUGCUGCCGCAUUCCCACGGCAUGGAGGGGGUCGGCCGUUUUGGGGCCAAGCCCGUGCUCGUCAUGAGUCUCCAGCUCGCCAAUGCCCAGGGAGAGAGUUCGUCCAGUUGUGAUCUCCAUGCGCUGGUCAGAGAAGAGGUGCCAAGAGCAUCUCCCCCUGCUGCCCACCCUCUGGUCCAGGAGGCCACCCUGAAUCUCCCCAGUGCACCCAGGCCCUGAACACCUUGGGGUGGGGGGGCUGCAGGGUGCAAGGUACUGGCUGGUGAGGGACAUUUCCCCAUCACCAAACACUGGGUGGGCUUAGCCAAGGGGCACAGGCAGGAGGAAGAGGAGGAUGGAGAGGCAGGCUGCUGUCGGGAUGAUGUCAAAGGGUGAUGAAAUGGGGAUAACGAGGGGUUCCUGGGGACACUGGGGUGUCCAGGGUGGUUUGUGGGGCUGGAGCAGUGGUGGGCACAGCAGGCUGGGUGACCUCAUGGGCUUCUCCUAGCACAGAGCUAUGGGGCUGUCCUGACCCCCACUGGGUGUGCACCACCAAGGUGUCCCCAUCACUGUGGUGGGGAAAAACAGUCCCAAGGGGCUCAUGGCGAGGGGGGGCUCAUGGCAAGGGGUGACCCAUGGCCGUGUGCCCCGGCCCUCACCUGGGAGGGUCCCACGCAGGUAAAAAUGGAGAGGAGGGGAGUGCAGAGGAGGAGGAGGAGGGUGUUGGGGCACCCGCGGGUGCUCUCACACCAGGAGGUGCCUCCCCCAACCCAGGAGUGACGGAGGAGGACAGACGGAGCCAUCCUCGUCCUGCCUGUCCCACCCAGGCUCACAUUAGGAAGCAGGGGAGCCAGGGACCGGGGGCUGCCCCGUCACAAUCCCUGCCACGCAUGGAGACCAAGCCCACCCCCCCCCCCAUGGGCAGUUAAGAUGGGGUCAGAAGAAACCCCUUGUCCCUGGGCUACAGGUAGCCCUGUCCCCCCAUCCAGUUCCCCCCAACCAGCACGUGCCACCAGCUCACCCAGGGCCAUCGCCCAGCCCAGCGCUCGCCCGCAGCCCCUGUCCCCACCUUCGAUUUAGCUGCUGACCAGGAGCGAAACCUGCCCUGGUGCCACCUAACGUAGGAGCAAUGACCCAGCAGCGCUGCUUUACCCCGUAAGCCCACUGGGACGAGCACAUGGGAUGCCACUCGCAUGCCAUCCCCCUCGUCCCCUCCGUCCCCCUUGUCCCCUGGCUCAGCUGCUGAGCGUGCUUUGCAGCUACCAACGCCACAAAGGCCAUUCCCAGGGGCAGGAGAUGUUAUAGAAGACCCAGGUGCUGCCCAGGUUUGGCAUCCAGGGUGGGAUGGUGGUGGCCGGGGUGGUCAGUACCCCGUGAGCAGCCUCCGGCUGGAGUUUCGCAGCCCACGUCACUACUGAAUUAAUGCACUAAUGCCCGUGGCAGCCUGAGAUGAGAAAUAAAGCUAACACAAGCGCUGUGCUUC